AUGAAAAGGCAGAAUGUUCGCACUUUAUCACUUGUUGUAUGUACGUUCACAUAUUUGUUGAUUGGAGCUGCAGUCUUCGAUGCUCUGGAAUCGGAUACCGAAAGUAAAAGAUGGGAGAUUCUGUCAGAUAUGAAAAAUGGUCUAGUGCGCAAAUACAAUAUAACACCAGAAGAUUACCACAUGAUUGAAAUAGUUAUAAUUGAGAACAAGCCUCACAAGGCAGGACCUCAGUGGAAAUUUGCAGGAGCUUUUUACUUUGCUACUGUAGUCUUAGCUAUGAUUGGCUAUGGUCACUCUACACCCGUCACUGUUGGUGGCAAAGCAUUUUGUAUGGCAUAUGCAAUGGUAGGCAUCCCUCUGGGGCUAGUAAUGUUUCAAAGUAUCGGCGAGCGUUUGAACAAGUUCGCGUCAGUUGUUAUAAGGCGUGCUAAAUGUUAUUUACGAUGUAACACUACAGAGGCCACGGAAAUGAACCUCAUGUUCGCCACCGGUAUGCUGUCUUCCAUCAUUAUAACUACUGGUGCUGCAGUGUUUUCCCGGUACGAAGGGUGGAGUUACUUCGAUAGUUUCUACUACUGCUUUGUAACACUCACUACUAUCGGUUUCGGAGAUUAUGUGGCUCUGCAGAACGAUCAAGCACUGACAAGCAAGCCGGGCUAUGUCGCGCUCAGCCUCGUGUUCAUUCUAUUCGGCCUCGCGGUGGUCGCUGCUAGUAUCAACUUACUUGUGCUACGCUUUAUGACCAUGCAAGCAGAAGAGAACGCGCGGGAUGAAGACAAGGAGAGUUCCAGAACGAUCCUGCCCAUCGACGCGCACCCGCUGGCCGGCCGCCAGCGCUCUCACGAUGACCAGGCUUCGGUGUGUUCAUGCAACUGCCUCGGCAACAAGCAGUGCGAGGGCGCGCUGCUGCCGGCGCCGGCGCGGCCGCUGCGGGCGAUCUCCAAACGCGCCUCGCUCGCACCAGACCUUGUGGAGAGAGCUUCUGUA